UAUAUAUAACUUAAAGCUUCAUGCUGAAGCAUAAUAUUUAAUCAUUUGAAUAAUAUUUAUUUGAAUCGAUCUGAUGUGGUAUUGUGGUGAUUGAAAAAGAGAUUACUUAUAAAAAUGGCAGCUCCAAAAUCAGCAAAGAUUGUGUUUACCCGGUAAUAACGACAAAUGAUCUGACGUGAACAAAGGUUUUAGAAACUUCUUGCUAUCCUUUGCUGCUAUCAAGGAUCGGAAUAAACGAAUUUUCGUAAUAUUAUUGGAUGAAUACGGCCAUAGAUAUAAUAUAAAACAAUGUCGUCUACACUGUGGAAAAUAAGAAUUAUUGCCUCGCAAUGCUUUGCCGCAUUGCCAAUCUAUAUUUUAAAAUUUACUUAUGGAAGUUUCGUGGGCCUCACCUUGGUGCUUUCAUCUCAACAAGAAGAAAUAUCUAUGAAUUCCAUUCAUAAGAAACUGUUUGUUGAGAUGUUGUUGUGCGCACAAUCGAUAAUUGGAUUAACAACUGGAAUGAUUGAAGGUCCAUCUUAUACCUAUUUGGCAGAAAUCACUCAACCACUUUUUAGAAAUACACUCAUGGCAGCGCUGGACUUGUCAUUUCUAGUUGGAACUUUAUUCUUCGUACUUAUAACAGAAGUAAUGCAUUGGAAAAAUAUUGCAUUGAUAAAUUUAGUCUUUCCCAUCAUUGGACUAUCAUUGAUGUUUUUCAUACCUGAAAGUCCAUACUGGCUAGCAAAUAAGAAUCGUUAUGAAAGAAUUGCAAGAUCUUUAUCAUUGUUUAGAGGAUGGAAAUUUUCAGAUAGUGUAAAGGCUGAAAGCUAUUUGAUAAUUAAUAACGCUAAGAAAAGUCCUGCAAUAUUGAAACAUUUUUGUCAAAGAUCAUUUUACAUUCCGUUGUUAAUCGUAUUUUUUACGCUACUAGUGGAUACUGUUGGUGGAUCUCAAAUUCUGCUAGUUAAUUUGAAUAAAAUUAUGAAAGAAUUAAAAUCGCCAAUCAAUAAAUCUACUGUAGCCAUAAUUAUUAUGAGUGGACGAACUAUUUGCGCGAUAGUUUGUACUCUCAGUAUUCACAUUGCUGGCAAGAGACUCCUUGUAUUUGUCUCUAUUGUUACUGGAAGUAUCUUCUUAAUUAUAUCGUCAAUUUUUGGAUUUUUAAUUGUUAAAGGUAAGGUGACUGCCGAAGCUUACUUUUGGAUACCAUCAUUCACGCUAAUAGUUUCAAUUUUCACAUUAACUACGGGAAUCAGAAAUGUUUCAUUAAUAUUAAACAGUGAAAUUUUUCCAACUAAACUUCGCCAAAUCAGUACUGGCAUCGGAUUUUUCGUUAGGUAUAUUAUGUUGUUAAUUUUACAAGCAAUUUUUUUGAGCACAAUUGAUAGUCUGUCUGCUCCCGGUAUUCUUUUAAUAUUUGGUUUUAUCAACAUUAUUGGAUUCAUUUUAUUGUAUUACAUUUUUCCCGAAACUGGUAAUCGAUGUCUCAUAGAAAUCGAAGAAUUCUAUGUCGGAAAUAAAGUCCAGAAUAAAAAUUUUAACCCAGAAUAG